AUGGCAACAAAUUUAGUGUCUACUAUUUCUUCAUUCAAGUUUGUUACACAUUUGUUAUUAAUGAAAAAUAUCUUUGAGCACACAAAUCCACUAUCCAUAUAUUUACAAUCACCAUCAUUGGAUUUCAUCACUGCAUUAACUAUGGUUGAUAACUGUGCUAGGAAACUGUCAGAGUUAAGAAAGGAUCUACAUUUAGAUGUAUUAUUGGCUGAUGCAAAAAUGUUUUCUCUGGAAAAUGAACUGGAAGAAGAUAAUUUUAAAAUACAAGUUUAUUUCACUGUCUUGGAUCAAAUAUAUACAUCUAUAACGAGCCGAUUUGAAGGCUCACGGGAAAUUUUAUCCGACUUGUCCCUUCUUUCAGUCGAUCGACUCAUUUCUACAAGUAAAGGAUGUCCUAUACCUGAAGAUAAUUUUGUGUAUCUUGAUAAGUGGAUUCCAAAUUUACAAAUUGAUCAAUUAAAAUUGGAGUAUUCCACUUUUGCAUACAGUUUCCUUAAAUUAAAAUCAAACGUAGAAAUUGAAAAAUUGCAUGAAAAUGUAAUAGUAAGUGAAUCAGAUACGGAUACAAUUGUUGAUUCAGAUGAAAACAAUAGUGAAGAAACUAAAACUAAAAUGACAGUUUUAGAUGUGUUAAAGUUAUUAAAUACAUUUAACUUGAUAUCAGCAUUUCCUAAUAUGUACAUGGCAUAUAAAUUUUUGUGUACCAUACCAGCUACAUCAGUAAGUAGUGAAAGGACUUUUUCUAAAUUAAAAUUGAUUAAGACUAGAAUUCGUUCGACAAUGGUACAAAACCGUCUCGAAAGUUUGAUGCUCUUAUCAUGUGAAAAAGAUGUAAAAAUUAACCUUGAUGAAGCAAUAAACAAAUAUGCCAAUACCUCUAAACUACUACAAGAAGCGUUAUUAUAUAAGUGA